AUGGGGUUCUUGCUGAUCUCAGACAGCAUUUUCCAAGCGUGGCAUUCUCUCCAUCCAAACCGCCCCAAUGCAAGGGAUGGUGCCACAACAUUGACGUUGAACGGUGUUAUGUGCAACUAUAUACAACGAGAAUAUUCCUGCGGUCACAUCAGGUGGCUCGCCUCCAAACAUUGCGCCGAUUACAAAGAGAGACGCAGGAAAUGCCAGCCAAGCAUAAUGGACUUCGAGGAGAGACCACAGGCCGUGUGCGGCAACUGCAGACAGCCAAGCGAGCAACCACCAUCAAUGACCGCCUUCAUGAGAAAGCUUCUGCCAAUGUCCUAG